GAUUCCGUGGCCAAUCAUCAUUUCGUCCCUUCCGUGCCCGUUUGUGUCAUCAUCUCCCUCGCGCGCGCGAUAGCACACUCCUCUAUAAAACAAGCCACCCUGCAGCAUCGAAGCUCACAAGUCCUCAGCUCAGACAGCAUUGCAAUUAUAUUUGCACUGUUGCACAUCAGAGAGAUCGUCAGAAGAUACUUUAAUUUAGAGGUAGCUAUAGAGAGAUCGGAGCUGCGCUUCGUCGUCCCCAACUAGCUUCUGAUCGUCUCCAUGGAGAGAGUUGCGUCGAGCUGCGCCAGCCUCCUAGCACAAAGGAGGGGCUACUCGGUGGCCGCGGCCGUGGUGAAGGGGAUCAGCGGGCGGAAGGCCGUGGAGAAGGUGGCCAAGCGCAUCAUGGGCAAAGAGGUGAACACCGCGGCUGCGGCCUCGGUGUCGGCGGCGGAGAAGACGCCGUGGGUGCCGGACCCCGUCACCGGCUACUACCGCCCGGCGGGUGGCACCAAGGAGGUGGACGCCGCGGAGCUUCGCGCCAGGCUGCUCACGCAGAGGGUCGCCAACUAAAUCAAUGAUCUAUAGCGGCAUGCAGUCCGGCUGGUUUAAUUAACUCGAACGCUUUAAGAUUUUGCGCUCGUUGAUCGAUCGCUUGGGCCUAGAGCAUGACGUACGGUGCUGUAUCUUUGAGGCAUAAUAUAGCUAUAUACAGGAAGUGCUCCAACCUAGCUAGUCCCAUUGUAUUUGAAGAAUGUGAAAUUAAUAUAUGUGAUAUAUUGUAUU